UGUGUAAAACUGUUGACAAUUGAUGUCUUGCAGCGGGAGGGUUUAGAGACAGACACCGAAUAUGGCCGCGCUCGGCAGCCAUGCAAGUCGCCCAGAAAACGGCGAAAAACAAAACAAAAAUCCACUCGUGUCUCCCCUGAAAGUGCGAGAACUUCUCAACGAAGGGGUCGCUUCGGAAGACAACGUGUUAAAUUGUUCAGAGCAGGAUCCAAACACACUGUCUCCAAAUGGCCUUGGGAAAGCCCCUUGUGAGGCAGCAAACAAAGAAGCGUUUUUCAACAGAGUGGAAUCCUACUCAUGUCUCAAAUGGGCCGGAAAGCCCUGUGCGCUCUCGCCACUGAGAUGUGCACGGUACGGCUGGAUCAAUGUAGACUGUGACAUGCUGAAGUGUUCUAGUUGCCAGGCUUUCCUCUGUGCAUCAAUCCAAGCAACCUUGGACUUCCAGAAAUAUGAAGGACGGAUUUCGGAGUUGCUACAGCAGCUUCAAACGCAACAUGAGAAAUUCUGUUCCUGGCCAGAUUUUCCAUGUCCAGAUCGCUUCUGGAUGGUUCCUAUUAAUGAGCCUACGGUAUUACUCAGUACCUUUCUAGACCGUUUCAAAAGUGCUUGCCUUCUAGAACAACAGCUGCCUGCUAUGAAACCAGAGCAACUUAAAGCCAUGACCUUGACUGAAGAUGUAAUAAGUGUUCUCCUACAGCUGAUUGAAGAUGAACAAGUGAAGCAGUGUGGUUCUCCUUCUAAGGUCUCAUCAGAUCCACUCUCUGUACUGGUGGCAGCAUGUAUCGUAGCUCUUUGUGGUUGGGCAGCCAGCCCGUCACUCCAAGCUAUGAAUCUGCCCAUCCUCACUUGUUCGUACUGCAUGAGAAAGGUGGGAAUGUGGAACUUCUAUCAAAUGGAGACUGUUUCAGAGAGCGAAAAUCCUCCGCAGUCUCCAACAUCUACUACUGCCUUGACUCCAACUCUAGGCACAAGUGAGGAAAAGGGGAUGCCCACCUCACCAUCCCAGUCCCCCACUCCAUGUCGCAUGAAGCUGCGUAGUCAAGACCCCACACGCUCUGAGCAGAUGGAGAGUACACCAUCCCCACUGGUCCUCCGCGUCAGAAGUAGGGACUCGCCUAUUCCACAUGAGGAGUUUCCCAGCCCCCUGUCAAGGGCCAAGAGACCCAUGACUCGCAGCAGGGGCCAAGGAGAAAACCUGGCUGUGGAUGUGCCCUCUAGUCCACAGCGAAAGACAAAACGCCCACGUCUCUCCUCUGCCAGUGGCCCUGAAGGGCCGAUGCACAGAAAUGUUUUUGACCCAGUAGCCCAGCACAGAGACUGGUGUCCUUGGGUGAGUGUGGAAAGAGAGGAGGGCAAUCUAGAUGGCUCUGUCUUUGUUGGCUCUGAGGCUGAGCUCCCUCAGCCUGGCUGGAAAGCAGUGCUUACUCUGUUUCUAUCCAUGAAGAGAAGCCUCAGUCCAGUAGGGACCAGUCCAUCCCAGGGUCCUCAUGACAAAUCAAAAAGGGUGUUCUCGAUAUUCCGAGAGUGGCAGGUAUCUUCCCCAUGCCAGUAAGUUGUGUUUCAGAAGGUGGACUGGGAAACCCUGGUGAUUGUUAUCAUAGUGGUAUGCUGUCCUUUGUAACAAUGACAGUAGUUUUCAGAGUGCUUCUUGGUCAAGUGAAUCUUGUUUAAAGUAUUGGGUUUGGUUGGGAAAGGGACAGUAAAUCCACACGGAUCAAGCGGCCUGUGAUGAAAGACCUUGGCUUGGAGCAGGAAAGCCCGGCAGAGUUCUUCUCAGAAAUUGUAACUUUACCACACUGUUUUGAAUCUGGGCCUGUCCAGUCGCAUUAGAACAUCAACAGACUGGUGACCGAUGCUCUUUACUUCACAUGGGCAGCCAAAUAGUCCUCGCUGCCUCACUGGACAUGAGGCUUCAUAGGGUUUUAGCCUAAAUUUAGGGAAGCUUUAGUGAAGCUCUUAGAACUACACUGGAAGACAUGCUAGUUGAAUCAGUGCUUUUCACAUAAUAGUUUAGCUGAGGAGAACCAGUGUUUUCAGGUUUUUGUGUGUUUCUUCUGCAUUGUCUAAGUAGGUAUAUUAUAUUUACUUCCAUAAAUGUGAAUGAGUACAACAACAUUUUUAUCUCUCUCAUUUUUUAAAGAUGUGUAUCACCUUUAUCAUCUUUUACCCACAUGCCAGUGAAAUAGAUGCAUUAGAAAACAGUGCCAAUGUAAAUGAUUUUGCUUUUGAAUCACUUUCUCUGGGAGUGCUGCUUGUAGUGCAUCAUGCAUGUUAAUCGUGCAUGUCUGCCUGAAUUUAAUAA